GGCUCGGCCCUGCUCUGUCGGGGGCGGGGGGGCCCUGGCACCGGGCUGCGCACCGCCCCUAGCAACCACGGGCCAAUGGCGCGCCGCCUUGCAGAAUCCGGAAGUGGGGUGGUGCCUGGCAGCGCGGGGCCACCGGAUUGGUCCGCCGGCAGGGGCGAGGCCAGUGCGCUACGGCCGGUGGCCACGCCCUCGGGUUCCUGCGGCGCCGGCCCACGUGCGCGCCGGGGCGCCAUGGUGCGGGGCGAGGCCGGGGCCGCGGCCGCCCCCGCGAUGGAGCCGCUGGUGCUGGUGGCGCCCGUCACCGCGCUCGCCUUCGUGGGGGACCAGCUGCUGGCCGGCGAGGGCCCCGGCGUGGUGCUCUACAGCCCGGCGGCGGAGGCGGGCGCGGGCGCGGGGCGCCGGGCGCGGCGGGUGCUGCGGGGCCACACGGUGCACGGGCUCCGCGAGCGGAAGGAGCCCCUGGCCGGCGCCGCGGGCCCCGCGCUGGCCGCCUUCGGGGGCAAGGGCCUGGCCGUGCUGGAGCUGCGCGGGCGCGGGGCGGCGGCGGAGCUGGUGCCGCGGGGGCCGCCCUGCGAGCUGCCCGACUGGGUGUGGGACGCGCGCUGGCUGCGGGGCGCGGGCGAGCAGCUGGCCCUGGCGCUGGCCCACAACGCCGUGGCGCUGUUCGACUGGGCGGCGCGGCGCACCCUGCGCGAGGCGCGCUGCCAGGACCGCGGCGUGCUCUACUCGGCGCUGCUGGCCGGCGACGCCUGGCACGACCUGGCGCUGGUGGCCGGCACCGUGGGCAAGCAGCUGGUGGUGUGGCGCGCGGCCGAGCCGGCCCAGGCGGACGGCGGGGUGCGGCCGCGGGCGCGCCUGGCCGGCCACGACGGCGUCGUCUUCAGCAUGUGCUACGCGCCGGGCCGCGGGCUGCUGGCCUCCGCCGCCGACGACCGCAGCGUGCGCCUCUGGGACGUGGGCGACCUGCGCGCCCCCCGCACGCCCGCCCGCUGCCUCUGGGUGCGCUACGGCCACCAGGCGCGCGUGUGGGCCGUGCAGCUGCUGCGCGACGGCCUGGUCAGCGCCGGCGAGGACUGCGCCUGCCUGCUGUGGAGCCCCGGCGGCGACGUGGUCCGCAGCUUCCAGGGGCACCGGGGCCGCGGCGUCCGGGCCGUGGCCGUGCACGAGGAGCGGGGCUGGCUGGCCACGGGCGGGAUGGACGCCGGGACGCGGCUCUGGCACCUCCGCGGGGACGAGCUGCAGCAGCGGGACCUGGGCGCGCCCCCGGGCAGCGGGGCCCCCCGGGCCGUGCGGCUCGUGGAUCCUGACCAGCUGCUGGUGCUGACGGACGCGGGCGCCGUCCAUGCCUGCGACGUGGGCUCCGGGCGCUGGAGCCCGGUGCUGGAGGACGGGCGCUUCCGCUCCUACGGGCUGCUGGAGGUGGCGCGGCUGCCGGGCCGAGCCGCGCUGGUUGCCAUGGGCAGCCUGGGGGGGUACGUCCGGGUCUUCCCCUUGGAGCACGUGGCGGGCGGGGCGGAGCGGCAGCUGUUUGCAGGCAAGGUGCACAGCCUGAGCUGGGCCUCGCGCCCAGGCAGCGACCCCGGCACCUGCGCGCUCUUCGCCUCGGGCCCUGAGGGUGCCUUGUUCUGGCUGGAGGCCUGCUGCGGCCCCGGGGGCCAGGGCUUGGUGCUGAUCCCCCGGGGACGCUACCUGCUGCCACUUUGCAGACACCGCUGGCACACCAGCGCCGCCUUCCUGCCCCAGGACGGGCUCUGGGUCUGCGGUGACCGCAGGGGCUCUCUGCUGCUCUUCCCCUGCGGCCCGGACCCUGCCCGAGGGGAGGGAGAGAGCGAGGAGCCCCCGGCCUGCGGAAACACCCCUGAACCCACUGGCGAGUCCCCCGCGCAGGGUCCCGUCUCCCUCCUCUUCGGGCUGCAUGGGAAGAUGGGCGUGACCUCGGUGACCUGUCACGAGGGCCUGGUGUACAGCACGGGCAGGGACGGCUGCUUCCGGCAGCUGCGGGUGCGAGCUGGGCAGCUGGAGGAGCUGCGGCGGCAGAGGCCCGGCAAGGGGCUGGAGUGGGUGGAGGAGCUGCGCUUCACACCCGACGGUGACCUGCUGGUGCUGGGCUUCCACGCCGAUAGCUUCGUGCUGUGGAGCACCUGUGCCGGCGCCCCGCUGCGCUGCCUGCCCUGCGGCGGGGGCCACCGCUCCUGGAGCUACCAUCGCGGCACGGCCACCGAUGCCUUCUCCUGGGUGCAGGCCGGGGCCGUGCACGUCUGCUGCGGCCAGGCAGGCUCCUCUGGGCUGCAGGUGCUGCGCGAGGCCCUGCAUGGGCGGCAAGUCACAAGUGUGCGGCAUGUGGGGGCCGUGCUUGGACCAGGCCGCCCUCCCCUGCAUGUGCUCGUCACGGGCAGCGAGGACACCACAGCCACGGUCCUGGCCCUCAACACAGAGGACAGCACGGCCACGCCGCUCACCACACUCAGCGACCACAUCUCUAGCAUCAGAGCCUUGGCCAUAGCUGCUGGGAGCCUGAGCCCGCCUGUGCCCGGGGAGCUGUCGGCCCUGCUGGUGUCGGCAGGGGGCCGGGCGCAGCUGGAGUGCUACCGGCUGCUGCUGAGCGCAGCCCCCACGGCCCCAGCUGGCAUCGCCUGCCUGGUGCUGCACGUGGCCUCCCACCGGCUGGACGAGCGCUGGGACCGCAUGAGAAACAAGCACCGCAUGGUCAAGAUGGAUCCUGAGACAAGGUACAUGCGCAUUGCGGUCGUGGUUGGCGCUGAUGCCACAGAGCUGCCGCCACCUUGCGUGGUCCUGGCUGCUGCUUGCAGCGACGGAUCUGUGCGGCUGUUUGUGCUGCAGGAGGCUGCCCGGUGCCUGCAGCUCGUUGCCGAGUCCUUCCACCACCAGCGCUGCGUCCUCCAGGUGGAGGCCUUUGUGCACCGGCCGGCUGGCGGUGCCAGGAAACACUUCCUGUGCAGUGCCGCCACGGAUGGCAACAUUGCCUUCUGGGAUAUCACCGCCACCGUCGCUCAGGCCACGGCAGCCCCGGAGCCAACGGACGAGGAGACGCAGCCCUGGGACCUGGGUGCCCCAGUGCUGACCGUCCCAGCACACAGCUGUGGUGUGAACAGCCUCCAUGUCCUGGAGAUUCCCUGCGGGCGCUUCCUGGUGGCCAGCGGCAGUGACGAUGGCUCCAUCCACGUGUGUGUUGUGGCUGUGGGUGCAGCCACCACGCCAGUCCUGUUGCAGGAGCAGCUGCAGCAGCCAAGCGCCCACGCAGCCUCUGUGACAGGGCUGCGGCUGCUGCAGCCUGACCUGCUGGCUUCUGCCUCUGUGGACCAGCGCCUUGUGCUGUGGCACCUGGGCAAGGCAGGCCUCGCCUUCCUGGGUGCCAGGUUUUGCCCCGUGGCAGAUGUGGCGGAGCUGGACUGCUGGGAAGCCACGGGGCCGGGGGAGCAGCCAGGCUACUGCUGCGCGCUGGCCGGGCAGGGCCUGGAGGUCAUGUGGUGCCAGGCCUGAGCGGGCAAUAAAGGGCUGGUGACCUGGG